UCUCAGACUUAUCGGCUGAGCAUCCUCAGCUGCAUACUUAGUUGCGCGUCUUGAAAGUUUCCUCGACUGCCCACUCUUGCCAUGCGGUAUUAUGAACAGAGAUAUCCAGAAGUCGACGAGCUCGUUAUGGUCCAAGUCCGCCAGAUCGCGGAAAUGGGCGCAUAUGUUAAACUGCUCGAAUACGACAACAUCGAGGGAAUGAUUCUCCUUUCAGAGCUUUCCCGUAGACGUAUCCGAUCAAUACAAAAGCUCAUCCGUGUUGGCCGUAAUGAAGUCGUAGUGGUACUUCGUGUGGACAGGGAAAAAGGUUACAUUGAUCUAUCAAAACGUCGUGUCUCCCCCGAGGACAUCAUCAAGUUCAAAGCUGUCGCAUCGAUCAUGCGGCAUGUUGCGUCGAAGCUACCAUCGAUGGAUGCAGACGCUGCUAUUUCCCCAGAGGACGAGGCGGUGGAGAAGGAGACGAAGAAGUCUAGGCGCGCGGCGAAGAAGGACAAUCCUGAGGAGGCUGCGGCUGCCAUGGCUGCUGAGGAGGCCGCUGUGCCGCACGACGGGUCGAACGAGGAAGAAAGGUUGGAAAAACUGUAUGAGCAAGUAGCAUGGCCACUUGGUCAUAAAUAUGGCCACACAUAUGAUGCGUUUAAGCUUGCUUUGACCGAGCAAGAAACUGUAUUUUCCUCCAUUCCAAAUCCUGUCUCAUCAGCAGCCAUAUCUAUCCUAAUGGGCACCAUUGCACGACGGUUGACACCCCAGCCUAUCAAGCUGCGCGCUGAUAUCGAGCUCACAUGCUACACUCCUGCCGGCAUCGACGCCAUCAAAAAGGCUCUGAGGGCCGGUGAAGCGCAAAGCAACGAAACUGUGCCGAUUAAAGCCAAGCUUGUAGCCCCUCCACUUUACGUUCUCAGCACAAACGCAACAGACAAGUACGCUGCUGUUGAUCGUUUGGAACGAGCGAUCGAGUCGAUUCUGGGCACGAUCGAGGGUCAAGGUGGAAACCUAGUUGUAAAGAUGAAGCCAAAAGCUGUCUCUGAGACAGAAGAGCAGGAUCUCGCACAGCUCAUGGCCAAAGCAGGUCAAGAGAAUGCAGAGGUCUCUGGUGAUGAAGAUGACGAGGAGGGGGCCUAGUUCAUUCUUUGUGGCCUCAAGUACAUUUCUUGAUGAUAGCAGCAUACUUCGAACCAGAUUGUUUCCUGAGGCCUAGGUGUGUUGAAUUUUGCCUUGAGGGUGUGGCGUGAAGUUGUGAAUCCUCCAGAAAGUCUGAGAGUCGUGGAUUCAUGCUUCAGUGUGAUGGCAGAUAGAAGCCCCACUUAAUUCUGAUUUUAUUCUGUCAUUUUGUUUCUCCAAUUUAUGAGCUGUCACCAAGCUGUCACACCA